CCCACUCAGAGCUGGCCUAGAGGAGCGCAGCAGCCAGGCAGCCUGCACUUGAAUCAGUGAAACAAGAGAGACUGCUAAUAUGGCGGGGAAGCCUGUGCUUCAUUACUUCGAUAGCCGGGGCAGAAUGGAGUGCAUUCGGUGGCUCUUGGCAGCAGCUGGAGUGGAGUUUGAAGAGAAGCUUAUAGAAUCUCCAGAAGAUUUGGAUAAGUUAAAAAAUGAUGGGAGUUUGAUGUUCCAGCAGGUACCCAUGGUGGAGAUCGAUGGGAUGAAGCUGGUGCAGACCAGAGCCAUUCUCAACUACAUUGCCACCAAACACAACCUCUACGGGAAGGACAUGAAGGAGAGAGUCCUGAUUGAUAUGUACACAGAGGGUAUGGCAGAUUUGAAUGAAAUGAUCAUGCUUCUGCCACUAUGUCCUGCCGAUCAAAAAGAUGCCAAGAUAGCCUUGAUCAAAGACAGAACAAAAAAUCGUUACCUCCCUGUCUUUGAAAAAGUAUUGAAGAGCCAUGGACAAGACUACCUUGUUGGCAACAAGCUGAGCAGGGCUGACAUUCACCUCACUGAACUGCUCUACUAUGUGGAAGAGGUUGACUCCAGCCUUCUGGCCAACUUCCCUCUGCUGAAGGCCCUGAAAACCAGAAUCAGUAACCUCCCCAGUGUGAAGAAAUUCCUGCAGCCUGGCAGCCAGAGGAAGCCUCCCACUGAUGAGAAAAAGUUAGAAGAAGCGAGGAAGAUUUUCAAAUUUUAAGAAAGCUAGCAUUGACCAAGACCAGCAUACCAAAUUUCUAGAGUUUUGCAAUAAUGAAGUGCUUCACCUAAAUGUUGAUCUUGGCUUCUAUUAAGAAUAUAAUGAUGUUUUCAAAUUAUGUAUGAUAAUCAAAUAAUAAAACUCCUUGGAGAAGACUUAAUUUAAAUUUA